AACACCACAAAAGAAGACCAAGACCAAGACCAAGACAGGAAACAAGCAAUAACAAGUCCCAAGAAGACUAGACACACCCAGUGAAGACUACCAGAAGCAGCAAAAGGAGCAACCACGAAAACCACCAACAACAAGCACAGCAACAAGGGAGACCAGCAUCAACAAUUAAAAAACCCCCCACAGCAACAAGAGAAUCAAAACAAAAAUCUCAGAGGAACAAAGAUCUUCUUACAUCUCCUCAUAAAACCCAAUGGCUCUUAUGACCAGCAAAGGAGCAUCAUCAACCUCUUUGGCCCAUCAAUACAAGAACUUUAAUGUCUUCUUGAGUUUCGAAGGUGAAGAUAUCCGCCUUGGUUUCGCGGGUCAUUUGUGUAACACUUUGCGUCGUCAGGGUAUUCACACCUUCAUCGAUGAUAAUCUCCUAAAAGAAGAACAAAUUUCUGCACAACAUCUCAAAACCAUUGAGAGCUCAAUGGUUUCAAUAAUCAUAUUCUCUAAAAAUUAUGCAUCCUCGACUUGGUGCUUAGAUGAACUUGUCAAGAUUAUUGAGUGUAAGAAGAACGAUCAGUUGGUGCGACCAAUUUUUUACAACAUGGAUCCAUUGGAAGUUAAAAAAGGAAAGUUUGAGGAAGAACUAGCUAAACAUGAAGAAAAAUUCAAAGAUAACGAGAAGGUACAAAGGUGGAGGGAAGCUCUAUGUGAAGCAUCCAAUAUACAUGGUUGGCAUUACAAGCACAACUGCAGUGAGUCCGAAUUUAUCCAAGAAAUUGUCAAAGAGAUCUCAAAUUUUAAAUUAAACCGCAUGCCAUUAUUUGUUGCUAAAUAUCCAGUUGGAAUAAGUCAUCGUGUAGAAGCCAUAAAAUUACUUUUAGAUAUCGGGUCAAAUGAUAUUCGUGUGAUAAAGGUGUAUGGCCCUGGUGGAGUGGGCAAGACUACCACGGCUAAAGCCGUUUAUAACAUGAUUUAUGUUCAUUUUGAAGGAAGCAGCUUUCUAGAAAAUGUUAAAGACAAGUUUGGGACAUUUGAUGGUGCAAUCAAAUUACAAGAGACACUUCUUUAUGAUAUUUUAGGGGGUAUAAAUUUGAAGGUUCACAGUGCAUGCAGAGGAAUCAAUUUGAUAAAGGAAAGACUUUCCAAUAAAAGGAUUCUUUUAAUUCUUGAUGAUGUGGAUAGAUUAGACCAAAUAGAAACAUUAAUUGGAAAAUGUGAUUUGUUUGCUUCUGGAAGUAGAAUCAUUAUAACCACAAGAGACAAAAACUUGCUAGCUACUCUUGGAAAAGGUCUUUUAACCUAUAAGGUUAAGGAAUUAGAUGAUCAUGAAGCUCAUGAAUUAUUUUGUUUGCAUGCAUUCCAAAGAAACAAACCCAAGGAAGAUUAUUUAGAAAUUGCAAACCAAUUUAUAUGCUAUGCUAAAGGCAUUCCACUAGCUCUAGCAAUAUUAGGUGCGGAUUUGUAUGGAAGAAAUAAAAUGGAAUGGAAAAGCGCAUUAAAUAAGUAUGAAAAAAUUCCUAACAAAGAAAUACAAAAAAUACUCCAAAAGAGUUAUGAAGGAUUGGAUGAAAUUGAACGAGAUAUUUUUCUUGAUAUUGCAUGUUUAUUCAAGGGAUUUUGCAAGAGUUAUGUUGUAGAUAUACUAAAUUCUUGCAAUUUAUACCCAAUUAUUGGUAUUCAAAGACUUACAGAGAAGUGUCUCAUAACUGUUGAUCGACAUGAUAAAUUAUGGAUGCAUGACUUGGUAGAACAAAUGGGUAGAGAAAUUGUUCGACAAGAAUCGCCACAUAAACCUGGAAUGCGAAGCAGGCUAUGGUGUUAUGAGGAUUCUCUUGAAGUACUGACGAAAAAUACGGGAUCGAAAAAAAUUCGAGGUCUGAUGAUAUGCUCACCUAAACGAGCAAAGUUGCAAUUAGAAGCUAAAUGUCUUGAAAAGAUGAAAAAUCUCAAGUACCUUAUAGUUAAUAAUGUAGAUAUUUGUGGGGGUAUUGAAUAUCUUCCCAAUGAAUUAAGGUUACUUGAUUGGCCCGAAUUUCCUUCCUCUUCCUUACCAUUCAAUUUUCAUCCUCAAAAACUUAUUGCACUCAACAUGCCAGAAAGUCAGGUUAUAUUGGACAGACUACUUGAGAUGGGACAGUUCAGAAACUUGACAUAUCUGAAUUUUCGUUCAUGUCAAUACAUAAAGAAAUUAUCUGACUUAUCCAUUGCAACCCCAAACAUAAAGCAAUUGAAUCUCAAUGAAUGUAGAAAUUUAGUUGAAGUUCAUGACUCUGUUGGAUGUCUUGACAAGCUUGAAAAGUGGGACCUCUUCGACUGCACUGAACUUCGAAUUCUUCCAAGCUGCCUCAUGACGAAAUCUCUUAAACAUUUAAAUCUUUAUAUGUGCAAAAGGCUUGAGAAGUUCCCUGAUAUUCCGCAUGAAAUGGAUGGUUUAAAGUAUCUAACAUUUAUUGGGACUGCUAUUAAAGAGUUGCCCCUAUCAUUUGGAAAUCUCACUGGGCUUGAGGAAUUACACCUAGGUUCAGGUCUUCUUCCAAGUAGCAUAUAUAAUUUACAUCUUCACAGUCUCCAUAUUUGGGGUGAUGUCAAAUUUCUAAAGGACAUGGAGAUUGAUAGACAAAUGUUGUGCAAUUAUUACGAUGACUUUUCCAAAUAUAGGUUUCAGAGCAGCUUGACAUGUCUAGCUCUUUAUUUUUCUAGAAAUAGUUCAGAAAUAGAUUUUAUUUUGAAUUGUGGCCCACUCUCAUUGCGACGUUUAUGCAUACAGAGUGAUGAAUUUACUCUCCCAAAAAGCAUUAUUAGAUUCAAUCGAUUACGUUGGCUUGAAUUUCCAAAUUCCUAUUUCCUUCAGGAAAUUCCAAAGCUUCCAAAAACUAUAAGAGGAGUAAAUGCAUCACAAUGCUUCUCCUUGAAUUCAGAAUCAUUAAGCAAAAUAAUGCUUCAGUUUGGAAGAAUUUUAGUGCUUCCACAAAAUAUGGCAUGUUUUGGUGAGAGAGAUGAGAAAUUAUUGGAUUUUCAGUCACCUAGGAGACUAUCGCAACAGACUGAUCUUCCUACCUGGGUCCCUCCUUCCAAGUUCUCUGAAUUUCAAAGAAAUAAGAUACCAAAGUGGUUCAACCAUCAAAGCAUUGAAAGUUCCAUAUCAUUGUGUGUUGGUCCAGAAUUUCCAGCAUUUGCUCUUUGUGUUGCUUUUUGUCUGGUGGAUGAAGAUGAAUACGAUUUUGCUUGUGUUGUUGACAUUUUCACCAACGGUCAUAAACGAACGCUAGUAAAGAAAUUCUUUGAUAAAAUGCAUUGUGAUCAUCGAUGGUUUUAUGGUGCAUCUCAUAGGUUGUUGCAGCAGGAAGUUGGAAACUUGAUUCAAGGAGAUUGGAAUCAUGUUGAAAUUUCAUGUAAAAUCUCUCUUUGGACUAGUACAAUUGGCAGAGAAAUUGCUCCUACCAUUGCAAGCAUGGGGGUCCACGUGAAAUGUAUUUGUGGUCUUCAUAAUUCGGUCAUCUGCCAUGAAAACCAUGAUGAACUAGUCCAACCACAAGGCAAUCGAAUUUCAAAGAGAAUUGCGCACCAACGGCUCAAACCAUUUCUUCCUCGAGGUUGCCAUUUUAUCCUGCGCAAACUGUACCAUACCUUGUGGCCAAUCAGGAGCACUUCUGGUCAACCAUUACUAAAAGCAAGAAAAAUCAGCAACAGGAGAAAGAGGUCCUUAUUGUAGCAAGGAGUAGCAAUUGUUUGUAGGGAGCUCAAGAUCAUUGCCGGUGUCCAAAUGAUCGAAGAAAAUGACAACCUCUUUAUAAAAAAUUUGAAUGAAUAAUUAUUUCAAGGCUUAGGACUUGGAACAUUUUUUUUUUAAGGGCUCACUGGGAGGGAGUUGUAUUGGCUUGAUUCAGUCAAUGAAGAUAACAAAAAGAGGGGAAAAAGACAAAAAAUUGUGCAGUUUAUGAUUCUAUUCUUCUAUCCAUUCAAUAUUUAUGUUUUUAUUUCUUACUAAUUUUGAGAAAUUAAAGUUCAUAUUUACCACAUGCAUUGAGAUUCUAAAUUGCAUACCAGAAGAUAGUUAUUAUUGUUUAUUUAACUUCUCUAAGUUUGAUUGUUUAACAUAAAAUUCAUUUGAGGGGCAUCAAUUUAUAUUUGGUUCUUUCAUCUUCUCCCAUUCAACCCCUCUUCAUUUUUAUCUCCUAAAGAGCCCCUCUUCAUACCAUAGCACCAGACCACCACUUCAUGACCAUUGGUCUCCCACAAGAUCCACAGCAUCAAACAAGUUGUCUCCUCCAUAAGUCCGGUCAUUCGAAGAGAAUUUCAAGACAAAAGUUUGGACAAAAAAGCCUAAUGCUCUCCAAUGGAUUUUCUUGUCCUGCCCUGACAUAAGCUUGGAGGAUGAAAUGCACUAUCUCAGGUGCACUUUUUUGUCAUCCCUAACAACACCCUUCUACAUGUUAUUGUUAGAAAGCCUUAGUUAUUGUUUUGUGCUCAUGAAUUUGUAAUCAUGUUAGCUACUCAGUGAUAAGGAAGAGUUUUAAUUUGGUUUAGUUACUAAUUAUCUAUAAAGAAACUUGUCAGAAAUUUUGAGUUGGUAACCUAAUGAAAAAGGCAGGGGAUGGCCUAUAUAUGAAAAAAAAUGCACUAUCUCAAUGUGAUUUGCUCUUCUUUCUUAGUUCUUGUGGUUUGAUAUUACGCUAUACAAUCCUCAAAUUAAAGCAGGGAUUUUUGGAUGGUAAUGAACUUUGAUUAUCUGCAUCUAGAUUGUCUGCCAUUUACGUUUCAAUUAAGUUAAUUGUGGGUUUUUUGCAGUUCUCAUUAUAUUGGUGUUUGUGCAACAUCAAGAAUGUGGCAGAUUUUGCUUCAGUGCAGCCAAGGCUUAUAUGCAGACUAGUUACCAUAAAACGAAAAGAAAAAAGGGCUUGUUAGCACAUGACAAGAUCGUUAGAGAUACCCAUAAUAUUCUUUUUUUGGAAGAAGUUUAGAGCUUAUUAUUGAGGGAGGUUUUUUAAAUCAACUUGAAGUACAGAUUCAAUUUCUGGGGGCAUAAUCUUCCAUCCAGACUAACAAAUAAGGGGGAGAAAACAACUCGUCUCGCAAGUGAAUGAGAGUUACAAUGCCUACGUACAUGAGAGUUAAAAAGCUGUGAAAAAGGAGGCAAAGUACUGCACAUCAUUCGCAAUAUGACCAAAUUGUGCAAGGGAACUGCAGCCACUCUCAGAGCAUUGAUGAGGAACUAAGAGUCUCCUUCCAAGAUAACCCGGUCGACACCUAUUUCCAUUGCAAAUUCCAGUGCUUGUCUUGCUGCCAAUGCCUUCACCUCAAUGACCGUGAAAGCAGGGGCGGAACUGUGUGCAACU